AGUUGGCUCAGUGUGAAGACCUUUACAUACAGUGAAGGGGGUAACGAAAAGAGGAGAGAGCAGCUAGAAAACUGGUUGAUAAACACACCUGAUAUUAUCAAAUACUUUUGUGAUAUUUUUAACAAGCAACACAAUCAGAGCUUCAUCAUGCAUGUGUUCAGGAUCUGGCGUGUGCUGUGUGUGCUUGGCUUCGUGGGUGCAUCCUUGUGUGUGAAUGAGGUUGAGUAUGAAGGGAACUACGCAGACAACUAUGACAACAAGAUCUCACAGAACCAGCAGGAGGGGGAAACUCCAACCACACCAUGCCAGGCUGCAGAUUUCUCCCGCUGGGACACGCUUUUCAUUGCUCUGGAGGACUCCCACAUGAGGCAGAACAUGCUGCUGGAGUCUCUGGAGCAAUGCUGUGGAGGAAUGGUCUCUCUCACGACCCGGGUGGACAAGCUGGCUAAGGAGACAUGCCAGCAGUGUCUGUCCAGCCUGGAGUCAGCAUGCACGGCGCAAGCAGAUCAGGCGAGUGUCAGGCUGCAACAAGGCUUGGUGGAGCUCCGGGAAGAGGAAGCAGAGAGGGAGAGGAGGUUAAACACUACCUUGCAGCAGCUCCUGCACAGUGGCCAUGAGGGGAAUGCCCGGCUGAAACGGCUGGAGGAAGGUAGAGGCCACAGAGUGGUGCCAUCGGGAGCAGCAGACAGCAGGAUGGGACACCAACCAACACAGAGACCCAGGAGUUUAGGGGCAGCAUUUGGCUUGGGGAUGAAGCCAUUCCCAUCUGUCCUGAAGGAGCAGGAAGUGACUUCACCGCUGGACAUGGCCACAAUGGAAAGGGCCCUGGUUGCCAUAGCAACAGAGCUGCAGAAGGUUCACCUGCAGCUGAACAGAGUGAUAGAGCAGGCAGGAACAUUGAGGAAGGACAGAGGCGACACAUGAAUUGCCCAGAAGGGAAAAAAAUAAUAAAAGAUUGAAUGGGGACAGUGAUAAUGAUUUUGCACACAUACUCAGUUUUCAAUGGUGUUUUAAGGGGCCUUUUUUUAUAUGUGAGCUUGUUUUUGUCUGGUGACAAUGAAUUUAAAUGUACCAUAAAUGUUGUAGUUUACUAUAAUGAAUAAAAACGUAUUAAUCAACCUAA